UCCUCCGCCGGCGGAGGGCCAGGUUGAAGGGAUGGCCGGGCGGACCGCGCGGCUGGUGCUGCUAGCGGGGGCAGCCGCACUAGCAAGCGGAUCCCAGGGCGACCGCGAGCCGGUGUACCGCGACUGCGUGCACCGGUGCGAGGAGCGGAACUGCUCGGGGGGCGCACUGAGGCACUUCCGCUCCCGCCAGCCAAUCUACAUGAGCCUAGCAGGCUGGACCUGUCAGGACGACUGUAAGUAUGAGUGCAUGUGGGUCACUGUUGGCCUCUACCUCAAGGAAGGUCACAAAGUGCCUCAGUUCCAUGGCAAGUGGCCCUUCUCCCGGUUCCUGUUCUUCCAAGAGCCCGCUUCUGCCCUGGCCUCUUUCCUCAACGGCUUGGCCAGCCUGGUGAUGCUCUGCCGCUACCACACCUCCGUGCCGGCCUCCUCCCCCAUGUAUCCCACCUGCGUGGCCUUCGCCUGGGUCUCCCUCAAUGCCUGGUUCUGGUCCACAGUCUUCCACACCAAGGACACCGACCUUACGGAGAAAAUGGAUUACUUCUGUGCAUCCACCGUCAUCCUACACUCUGUCUAUCUGUGCUGUGUCAGGACCGUGGGGCUGCAGCACCCAGCUGUGGCCAGUGCCUUCCGGGCCCUCCUGCUGCUAAUGCUGACCGCGCAUGUCUCCUACCUGAGCCUCGUCCAUUUCGACUAUGGCUACAACCUGGCGGCCAAUGUGGCUAUUGGCCUGGUGAACGUGGUGUGGUGGCUGGCCUGGUGCCUGCGGAACCGGCGGCGGCUGCCUCACGUGCGCAAGUGCAUGGUGGUGGUGCUGCUGCUACAGGGGCUGUCCCUGCUCGAGCUGCUGGACUUCCCGCCUCUCUUCUGGGUCCUGGAUGCCCAUGCCAUCUGGCACAUCAGCACCAUCCCGGUCCACGUCCUGUUCUUCAGUUUUCUGAAAGAUGACAGCCUGUAUCUGCUGAAGGAAUCAGAAGCCAAGCUCAAGCUGGACUGAAGGCCCUGGGAGCGGGUCUGCCCCACUGGGGGUCCUGCCAUCCCCCCUGCUGCUCCCCUUCCCCUUAUAAUCCUUGAGAUGAUUAAUUUUUUUUCCUUUUAGCAUCUUGAACUUGGACGUGAAGGGUGUGGGCCCAGAAUCAUGUAACUGUCCAUCCCCUUGCUUGCCCCCACAUGGCCCUCCCAGGUCUUGGAGUCUGCUCAGGCUUGGCCUCUCAGCAUCUGGGGUUAGAGAAUGGGCAGCGCCUCUGGUUCCUGGAGCAGAACUGGAGUGGAACUGUGUUCUCAGCUCCGCCAAGAGGAGAGCUGCCGCUGCCUCUGCCUCCCCGUCAGCCUCUUCCCCACAUCCCCUCAGUGCCUGGGUGGUUCCCACAGCUGUCUGUCUUACCUGGGAGACCAGGUACCACAGGCCUUUGGGGACAGUGGGGUCUCCUCCUGUUACCCCCUGCCCUCUUCUGGGGCACCACUAGGUGGCACUAGACUCUUGCUCUUUGGCUGCCUGAAUUCCAAGGCAGGUCUCAUUCUCCCUGUGGGAUCUUGAGGGACAGACCCGCAGGGACUGGGGAGUGGUCUUACCCUGACUGUUGCCUCAGCCAGACCCCCAAGAGACCUCACUACAUUCCUUCCCCCUUUGAGGCCAGAACCCCACAGAACCCAGGACAGGAAUCCCUCUGGCUCCUCUGCUAAGGUUCUGGUGGGGAGCCUGCACAUGAGUGUAUAAGGGAGUGUGAACCAGACUGAGUGCACAGGUGGCAGGGUGGCGGGCACGGGCCUGGGGUGUGUGGGAUGCUGGGUGAGACAGUGUGCAUGAGCAUGUGUGGAGAGUGGGGUGGGCUGUGAGUGGUUUUAAAGUGUGUGCUGCAGGACAGGGUGGGUGUGAGUGCCAUGAGUGUACCACACAGUGGGGGGGGGGGUUGGAGAAAUAUGGGGUAUCAAGUUACCACCACCAACUACCUAUUAAGCACUAGCUCUGCACAAGCCCCCAGGCCAGGCAGAGAGCCACGAUUUCCUCAAAGUCUGGCUCGGGGUCCCAGCCGUACGUGUGUGUUUCUGUCCAUUGCCCCCACUUUACAGCCCUCCAAAUCUCGGAGGGCCCACACACAACUCAAGAUCACCCUCCAGAACCAGCCUCUUGGGAGGCGGAGGGAGGAAGGGAAACGGGGCUCCCCUGGCCUCUCCAGCCACUGUCUCCUUGCCUGGGCUUGGUUGGCCUCCCCCUCUCCUAGUGCCCACCAGCUAAGCCUCUUUGUCACAGCCUGGACCUUGGGAAGGGGGGCAAUCUGAGGGAGGAGGAGAGAAGGGUUGUGGCUGGGCCUGGUUUCUGGCCUCCCCAGAGACAGGCAGGGGUCACCUCUACCUGGACCCCAGUAAAGGUGACCCCUGCUGGUUGCCAGCAGCCCUGGCACAUUCCUGCUCCGCAGGGAUAGAAUGUGAAGCUCCAGAAACUUUCCAUCCAAAGGCAUUCUGUGUGACCGGAGCAGAGAGUCUGGGUUCUUGUUCUUUCCCUGUUGCCUUGUCCCUCCCUGGAGUCAGGGUGCUGUGCUAGGACUCCAUCCUCAGACUUGGGUGACCCGUGUUUCUUUUGAUAUUGAGAACUAUUUUAAGGUAGGAGGGAGGGUAGCAAGGGACAUUCUUAAUAAACCAAUUCUCAGCCUCA